CACUUGUUUUUGCAUGUGCUAGUUAGAAGCAGGGGGAGGAGGAAAUAUCUGGCUAUAUCUGUCCUGGGACACUCGCCAAGGCAGGGUGUAGCUCUCACAAACAUGGUGGUUCAAGGCGACGCAGGAAAAAGAAAACACUGAGUCCUUCGGCUGCAAACCUCUGCCGUGAGUACAGAAGGACUAAAACCACCCCAGAGCAGAUUCGACCGAGCCUGAAACUUCUGGCACUGAUCAGAACGGAACUCAUACAAGCUCUGAUCCUGAUAUACCACUCACACCACUUGUAAACAACUAAAGAAGGUGGUGAGGGAGUGAACCCUGGGUGUGAAGGACUGAGGAUAUCUGAAGUUAGACGAGACAAAGGAGAGCAGCCAUGCCAGGCUCAGGAGGAGCAGAUCCAAAGGCACAGGAUUUAUCCACUGCUAUCCUGAAGCAGAAACACAGGCCAAACAGGCUCAUUGUGGAUGAAGCUCUCAAUGAAGACAGCAGCAUUGUCAGCCUGUCACAGAAUAAGACAGAGGAGCUGCAGCUCUUCCGGGGGGACACAGUGGUGCUGAAAGGGCGGAAGAGACGUCAAACUGUGUGCAUCGUCCUGACCGAUGACACCUGUGGAGAUGAACGAAUCCGGAUUAAUCGUGUGACACGCAACAACUUGCGUGUCCGGCUUGGUGACGUGGUCAGUAUCCAUGCCUGCCCUGAUAUCAAGUAUGGGAAGAAGAUCCACAUCCUCCCCAUAAAUGACACCAUUGAGGGUCUAACAGGGAACCUCUUUGAGGUUUUCGUCAAACCGUACUUUCUGGAGGCUUACCGACCUGUACAUAUAGGUGACAUCUUCUUGGUCAGGGGGAGCAUGCGGGCGGUGGAGUUCAAGGUGGUGGAGACGGACCCCAGCCCUCACUGCAUCGUUGCCCCAGAUACUGUCAUCUACUGUGAGGGAGAGCCAAUCAAAAGAGAGGAUGAGGAGGAGAGUCUUAAUGACAUCGGCUAUGACGACAUCGGAGGUUGUCGGAAGCAGCUGGCCCAGAUCAAGGAGAUGGUGGAGCUUCCUCUCCGGCACCCGGGUCUUUUCAAGGCUAUAGGAGUUAAGCCCCCCAGAGGUAUCCUGCUGUAUGGUCCUGCAGGCACAGGGAAGACCCUAGUGGCCCGGGCUGUAGCCAAUGAAACUGGUGCCUUCUUCUUCCUCAUCAAUGGUCCUGAGAUCAUGAGUAAACUCGCGGGAGAGUCAGAGAGCAACUUAAGGAAGGCGUUUGAAGAGGCAGAGAAAAACGCUCCAGCCAUCAUUUUUAUUGAUGAGCUGGAUGCCAUCGCUCCCAAGAGAGAGAAGACCCAUGGUGAAGUGGAGAGGCGUAUAGUUUCCCAGCUCCUGACCCUGAUGGAUGGCCUGAAGCAGAGAGUUCAUGUGAUUGUCAUGGCAGCAACAAACCGACCUAACAGUGUGGACUCUGCUCUGAGACGCUUUGGCAGGUUCGACCGGGAGAUUGACAUUGGAAUCCCAGAUUCGACUGGCAGGCUGGAGAUCCUGCAGAUCCACACCAAGAACAUGAAAAUGACUGAUGAUGUCGACCUGGAGAGGAUUGCCACAGAGACCCAUGGCCACGUGGGUGCCGACCUGGCUGCUCUGUGCUCAGAAGCUGCUCUGCAGGCCAUCCGCAAGAAGAUGAUCCUCAUAGACCUGGAGGAUGAAUCCAUUGAUGCUGACCUGCUCAACUCACUGGCUGUUACCAUGGAUGACUUCCAAUGGGCACUGGGUCAGAGCAACCCAUCAGCUCUGAGAGAGACUAUUGCAGAGGUGCCUCAGGUCAGCUGGGAGGACAUCGGAGGACUGGAUGAGGUCAAGAGAGAACUGCAAGAGCUUGUUCAGUACCCUGUUGAGUAUCCGGACAAGUUCCUGAAGUUUGGGAUGACUCCAUCUCGUGGAGUGUUGUUCUAUGGCCCUCCAGGCUGUGGAAAAACCCUUCUGGCAAAGGCCAUUGCCAACGAGUGCCAGGCAAACUUUGUCUCCAUUAAAGGGCCUGAGAUGCUCACCAUGUGGUUUGGAGAAUCAGAGGCUAAUGUCAGAGACAUGUUUGAUAAGGCCAGGCAGGCAGCCCCCUGCAUCUUAUUUUUUGACGAGUUAGACUCUAUUGCUAAAUCCAGAGGAGGCGGGGCUGGGGAUGCAGGUGGUGCAGCCGACAGAGUCAUCAACCAGAUACUCACAGAGAUGGACGGCAUGUCCGACAAAAAGAAUGUUUUCAUCAUUGGUGCCACAAACAGACCAGACAUAAUAGAUCCAGCCAUCCUGAGGCCAGGCCGUUUAGACCAGCUCAUCUACAUCCCACUCCCAGAUAAACCAUCUCGCACUGCCAUCCUAAAUGCCAACCUACGCAAAUCUCCUGUUGCAAAAGACGUGGAUCUGGAGUACCUGUCGAGCAUAACAGAUGGUUUCUCCGGAGCUGACCUGACAGAGAUCUGCCAGAGGGCUUGUAAGCUGGCCAUCCGUGAGGCAAUUGAGGCUGAGAUCAAGGCUGAGCGUCAGAGGCAGAAAAGGCCAGGCAUCCCCAUGGAUGAGGACUACGAUCCAGUCCCAGAGAUCAGGAAGGACCACUUUGAAGAGGCAAUGCACUUUGCUCGUCGUUCUGUCAGUGAUAAUGACAUCCGCAAAUAUGAAAUGUUUGCUCAAACUUUGCAGCAGAGUCGAGGAUUUGGAAACUUCAGCUUUCCUUCUGCUUCUGGUACCCGGUCUGGAGGUGAGGGGUCGGACUCUGGCUCAGGAAGGCCAAAUCUGUACAGAGAAGAAGGUGAUGAUGAUCUCUACCAGUGACAAAACUCCACACACAAUGGAACAGCUGCACAGUCUUUCCUCUGAAAAGAGGAAACUACACAUCAAAACAGGAACAGAGUACAGUAGGAGUAAUUAUAAGGAAAAAUAGGAUAAUAAUAUGAAUCAAACAAGAAAUCGGCUCAAAUGUUUCUGGCUAUAAAUGAUGUUAUAAUUUUCAUUUUAAAAGGCAAUACACUAGUAAGACUUUUGCACUAUGAAAAUUAUGUGUGAGUUUGAAAUGUGAUAAAUAAAUUUAUUUGUAUACCUUUAUGAUCACUCUUAUGAAGGAUACAUGGAUUAUAUGCAUUGUUUUUGUUUAAUCAAAUCAUUUAAGAGGACAGUUUAGACUACUCUUGAAUGAUACUGAAGGGGCAUGUAAUGGUUUCCAUUUAGAUGCUUCAGUUUCAGUGUCUUGUUGUGCAUGUUGCUUCACUGCCAUGGCUUGGGACACUUGAAUAGAAUACAGCCAUUGUUAGUGAUAAAUGUUAAACAUAUGAUUUUCCUAUUAUGAAAAGUGAUCAUGUCUGCUGUGAAAAACACUUAUUUGGAAAUAUACACCAUGUAUGCACAACAAAUAACAAGAAUAAAAAUAAAAAUU